AUGCCAACAAUUUGUGCAGGUGGCCAAAGCCUGCAGAGCAAAUAUGGCGGCCGGGAUCCUCCCAAUAUCCAUCUGCCAGACCGACAUUGGCCAUCGAAGAAGUUGACGAAGUCCCCCACUUGGCUGUCGACUGAUCUACGGGAUGGCAACCAAGCUCUCCCCAAUCCCAUGACAAUAGCCCAAAAAUGGCAGAUGUUUCGCCUGCUGGUGGGCAUUGGGUUCAAGGAGAUUGAGGUCUCCUUCCCCUGUGCCUCAGACACCGAAUUCAACUUCACGCGGGAGCUCGUGAGCACCCCAGGUGCCGUCCCACCGGACGUCAGUCUGGAGGUGAUGACCCCCUGCCGGAAAGAGACCCUCAAGCGCGCAGUCGAGAGCCUCAAGGGGGCAAAGAAGGCCAUCCUCUUUACCUAUCUCGCGACCAGCGACAACUACCGCGAGACGAUUCUGCAACAACCAUCAGAGUCAGAUUUGUUGGCGCACGUCACUGACUGUAUCGAAUAUGCGCGAUCCAUCACCAUAGAAGAUGCGGAGGCGCAGACCACCGAGUGGACGUUAGGAUUCGGCUUCGAGGACUUUGCUAAUGCCCGUCCAGAGGCUGCCUUACGUUUGGCAGAAGCCAUCCAGACUGCGUGGAAACCCACCCGUGAACAGCCCGUCAUCUUAGGACUCGCGUCCAGUGUCGAGGCCACCACCGUCAACGUGUUCGCGGACCAGGUCGAAUACUUUGCUCGACAUCUGCGUAACCGCGACACGGUCUGCAUCUCUAUUCAUACCCACAAUGACCGUGGAGGCGCCGUGGCCGCCGCGGAGCUCGCGUGCUUGGCCGGCGGGGAUCGCAUCGAAGGAUGCCUCUUCGGCAACGGCGAGCGUGCGGGCAACCUGGAUCUUGUCACGGCCGCCAUGAAUUAUUUCACGCAAGGUAUCGAGACCGGGUUGAAUUUCUCAAACCUGCCCGCCAUUCGACAAGUGUAUGAGAAGAUCACUCAACUCCCUGUGCAUCCAAGAACGCCGUACUCAGGGGACUAUUACUUCCGUGCCUUCUCCGGGGCCCAUCAAGAUGCGAUUCGGAAGGGGUUGAACAAACGAGCCAUUAGCAUGUCGAAUAGCGCAUGGCGGGUGCCGUACUUGCCCCUCGAUCCUGCCGACUUGGGCAUCUCUUUUGAUAACGUAAUUGGGGUUAACAGCCAGAGCGGGAAAGGGGGAGUGGCCUGGCUUAUCCAGCAAGGGCUCGGCUUGAGUCUUCCCAAUGAGUUGGCCGCUGCUUUCAGCCGUAUUAUCAAAGAGAAAUCAAUGGCCUGGGAAAGAGGACUGGCUGCUGAGGAAAUUUGUGCCCUUUUCCUGGAAUGUUACGAUCACAGCUCUUAUUAUCGCUCGCUGGUACUCGGACAACAGCACACCAGCAAUCUUUUUCAGCAACCUGCCUGCCCGCACUCUCUGGAAGUGAUUACAGAUCAGGCAAAUCUGAUAGCCACCUUCAUGGGUCAGACAUUGCAGUGCCCGUUUCAGUGCAUUAUGGCGACAUCUCAUCCCCUUCCUGGUCGGCAAAAACAAGACCUGUUUGUCACAUUCGCACAAUGCUCUAUCGGAGACGGCGCCAAACCCGUCUGGGGCAUUGGGAUCGGUAUAAGCAAUGAUGAGGCUACCUAUAGUGCACUCCUGUCUAGCAUUCAGGUAAGAUGA